AUGUGGAAGGAGAUCGGAGAUAGGGAAUUCGGAAAGCUUCGGCCUAAUUUAUUCAGUAAUCUUGUUAAGUCAUCCAGAACUGCUUCCCUCCAGCUCUCUAAUCACAAAGAAAUAGUUUCCUCUCACCGGGGCUCCGUUAACUCCCUUCAGGUUGACUUGACAGAAGGACGGUAUUUGUUGGCUGGUGCUGCAGAUGCUUCUGUUGCUGUGUAUGAUGUUCAAUGUGCCAGUGAUCGUGAGGCCGAUGGCCUUAUUGCAAAGCACAAGCCUUUAUUUGUAGUUGACAAGCAACAUGAACAGGGUCACAAAUAUGGGGUGUCCACAGUUACCUGGUACCCGAUUGACACCGGGUUAUUUGUUACUGGUUCAUAUGAUCAUCAUAUCAAUGUCUGGGACACCAAUACCACACAGGUGGUAAUGAACUUUAAAAUGCCCGGAAAGGUUUAUAAGACGGCAAUGUCUGCACUAGCAACUUCUCACAUGCUGAUUGCCACGGGGACUGAAGACGUCCAAGUUCGUCUUUGUGAUAUUGCUUCCGGGGCAUUUGCACACACGCUGUCUGGUCAUCGUGAUGGUGUAAUGUCAGUAGAGUGGUCUAAGUCUAGUGAGUGGGUUUUGAUAACUGGGGGAUGUGAUGGUGCAAUUCGUUUCUGGGACAUCAGGCAAGCAGGAUGCUUCCGUGUAUUAAACCAAUCGGAUUCUCAGCUUGGGAGGCGACCAGCGCUGCUUGCAUGUUCUGCUGCCAAUAAGGCUUCAACGUCAAAGUCUUCACCCGCGGGACCAAGUUCAUCAGUAAAAUCCCGCUUGCUUCAGAAGAAAAUGGCUAACGGAAAUUCAUCAAAACAUACGAGUCCUAGUAAAACCACCACUCAAGUGAAGGGUUCCAUGAAGCAGAGGUUACAUCCAGGAAUGCUGUCUACUCAGGAUCGAGCUACUGCCCAUUAUGGUGCUGUACUUGGUUUGUCUGCCACCCAGGAUGGAAUGUACCUUCUCAGUGCAGGUUCUGAUUCAAGAUUAAGGUUAUGGGAUAUAGAAUCAGGGUGCAAUACACUUGUAAAUUUUGAGAUCGCACGACUACAAGCCAGCAAACCGUUGCAGUUGGCCACUUCACAAGAUUCCCUUGUUUUUGUUCCAUGCAUGUCUACUAUUAAAGCAUUUGAUUUUUGGUCAGGCAAGACGGUCCUGAGUUUCCGUGGCCAUUAUGAGAAUGUGAACUGUUGCUGGUACCACACAGAGGAUCAGGAACUGUAUACAGGCGGCAACGAUAGACAGAUAUUGGUGUGGUCUCCACCCAAUUCUACAGCCAAUGAAGUGGAGGAAUGGAGGAAAGGGCAGGCUUCCGCACUAGAUCAGGACAACUGGAGUGACUGA